CUUGGCUAUCACUUCUAUAAUUGUCACUCCUUUAAUGCUUACUGCUUAAGUCUGUCUAUCGAAGUUUUAUUCCAGAAACAGAGAUCCAAACCGCCACCAUGAGCGACUCAUCAUCGCACGACGAGAAGCCGGUUGAGAGUAUGCCGCCACAGCCUCAAGAGCCUCCAUCUAGACCGCCCGGAGGGCCGCCUCCUCCGCCCAAUGGCGGUCUCCUAGCUUGGCUAAAUGUGUUGGGAAGCUUCAUGCUCUACUUCAACACCUGGGGUAUCCUCAACGCCUUCGGGGCCUAUCAGACUUACUAUGAGUCCGGGGAUCUUUUCAAGGCGAGCUCUUCCGAUAUCUCUUGGGUUGGCUCGAUCGCAGCCUUCAUGCUGCUAUUUGUGGGUCUCUUCGCCGGUCCUGUGUAUGAUCGCGGUUUUCUCCGUACCCUCCUCCUCGUGGGCGGCUUCAUGGUGGUCUUCGGGCACAUGAUGCUGAGUCUCUGCCAUACUUUCUGGCAAGUCCUGCUCGCCCAAGGUUUUGUCGUCGGUAUCGGAACUGGAUGCCUGUUCGUUCCUUGCGUCGCAAUUAUUCCUCAGUAUUUCAGCACUAAGAUGGGCAUGGCCAUGGGCAUAGCUGCCUCAGGCUCCGCGCUGGGUGGUGUGAUCUACCCUAUCGUGCUGUACCGACUGAUCAACCAGAUCGGCUUUCCCUGGGCCGUUCGCGUGAUCGGAUUCAUUGCACUGGGUACACUUCUGAUCCCAUUGAGCGUCAUGAAGCUGCGCAUGAAGCCCCCCAAGGUUCGUGCCAUUUUGGACCCAACAGCCUUCACCGACGUCGGCUACAUGUCUUUUAUUUUCACCUCCCUCAUCGCGUACAUGGGUCUGUUCGUCAUUCUAUUCUACCUGUCCUACUACUCCGCCGCGGAGCGCAUUACCGAUGACUCCCUCGCCUUCUACCUGGUCGCUGUCUUCAACGCCGCAUCCGUCUUCGGCCGAACAAUCCCCAACAAGAUGGCCGACAAGACAGGCCCCUUCAACCUCCUCGUACCAGCCUCCUUAAUCUCCGGACUACUAAUGCUCUGCAUGAUGGCCGUGCACUCCAAAGGCGCGAUCAUCGUCAUGGCUCUACUCUCUGGUUUCAUGAGCGGUGCGCUUAUUGGUCUGCCACCCAUGUGUCUCGCCAUGCUCACUAAGGACAAGUCCCGACUGGGGACGCGUAUUGGGAUGGGAUAUGCGAUUAUCGCGCUGGGUGUGCUCACUAGUGGACCUAGUAGUGGUGCUAUCCUCAAUGCAGGGUCUGGUGGCCUGGCUUGGCAUAGCUUGUGGACUUUCGGUGGUGUCCCGACUUGUGCCGCUGGUCUUAUGUAUGCCGCGAUCCGCGUGGGCAAGUAUGGGCCCAAGCUUAUGACCAAAGCGUGAGGUGGCCUUGAGUCCCAACUGCGUUGUUGGAUGUGGAUCGAGCGGGUGCUUGUCGGAUGAUACGAACUUAUGAAUAAAAGUAUGGAAUUUUGGAGAUGGUGGAUGGAACGAGGUGAAAUCUUCCGUAUCGGAUCUUAAUCAACUAUAAAUAUACCCCCAACUCAAAUUAAAACUAAUAUGCCCGUUAGGGGUCUAUAACCUCUU